CCUCCAUUCCCAAUAUAUCAUCACCACGUGUAGUGAUCAUUUGAUUUGUUGUUUCUUUUUUAUAUAUAAAGUCCAUUUCUUUGAUCUCCUUUCUAGCGUCGCAUUAAAUAAAAAAUCUUCUUUGUUUGCUCCAUUUGUAACGUAACGUUCCUCAUUUUGAAAUAUUUCUUACAUAACGGAUGAAAUAUUUGACUUUGACCCUUGUUUUUUCUCUUCUUUCUUCCAUCCAAGCUCUCAUCUAUUUAAGCAUCUCAACUCAUUGUGCUGUCAUUGCACUUGAGAAUGUUCAGGUUGAAUCCUGAAAUGGGUUGGCUUAUUAUAUUUUGUGUGUUGUUUUCACUAAGUUCAGUGUUUGCUGAUGGAGGAAUUCCAACCACUCUGGAUGGACCCUUCAAGCCUGUGACCGUUCCUCUUGAUAAGAGCUUCCGAGGAAACGCCGUGGACUUGCCAGAUACAGAUCCUCUCGUUCAAAGAAUCGUUAAAGGGUUCCAGCCAGAACAAAUCUCUCUCUCCCUCUCUUCUUCUCAUGACUCUGUUUGGAUUUCUUGGAUUACAGGGGAGUUCCAAAUUGGGGACAAUAUAGAACCCUUAGAUCCUGAAACUGUUGCUAGCAUAGUUCAAUAUGGAAGGUUCGGAAGGAAAAUGAGUCACCAAGCUACGGGUUAUUCCCUCGUCUACAGUCAGCUUUAUCCAUUUGAAGGCCUUCAGAACUACACCUCUGGAAUUAUACAUCACGUUCGUCUCACAGGAGUGAAACCCAACACACUAUAUCAAUAUCAAUGUGGAGAUCCUUCUUGGUCAGCAAUGAGUGAUAUUCAUUAUUUCAGGACUAUGCCAGCUUCUGGCCCCAAGAGCUACCCUAGCAGAAUAGCAGUGGUUGGAGACUUGGGCCUUACAUACAAUACCACAUCCACUGUUAAUCAUAUGACCAGUAACCAUCCUGAUCUUAUUCUGUUGGUUGGAGAUGUUAGUUACGCUAACCUGUAUCUUACAAAUGGUACUGGGGCAGACUGCUACUCUUGCUCAUUUUCUAACACUCCCAUCCAUGAAACAUAUCAGCCUCGUUGGGAUUAUUGGGGAAGGUACAUGCAGCCUCUGAUUUCUAGUGUCCCAAUAAUGGUAAUAGAAGGGAAUCAUGAGAUUGAAAAACAAGCUGAAAAUCGAACAUUUGUUGCUUAUAGUUCUCGAUUUGCAUUCCCAUCAGAAGAGAGUGGAUCAUCAUCCACCUUAUAUUAUUCUUUCAAUGCUGGAGGGAUACAUUUUAUAAUGCUGGGUUCCUACAUAUCGUAUUACAAAUCAGGGGACCAGUACAAGUGGUUGGAGAGAGACUUGGCUUCUGUUGACAGGGAAGUAACUCCGUGGUUGGUAGCUACAUGGCAUUCACCUUGGUACAGCACCUACAAGGCACAUUAUAGAGAAGCAGAGUGUAUGAGGGUAGAGAUGGAAGACUUGCUAUAUAAAUAUGGCGUUGACAUUGUCUUCAAUGGACAUGUUCAUGCGUAUGAGAGAUCAAACCGGGUAUACAACUACACAUUGGAUCCUUGUGGUCCUGUUCAUAUCACGGUUGGUGAUGGUGGCAACAGGGAAAAGAUGGCAAUCACACAUGCUGAUGAACCUGGAGAGUGUCCAGAACCAUCAACUACACCAGAUGACUUCAUGGGAGGCUUCUGUGCCUUUAACUUUACAUCGGGUCCAGCAGCAGGUAACUUCUGUUGGGACCGACAGCCUGAUUAUAGUGCUUUCAGAGAAACUAGCUUCGGUCAUGGCAUUCUAGAGAUGAAAAAUGAAACCCAUGCACUGUGGACUUGGCAUCGCAAUCAAGACUUUUAUGGUAGCGCUGGAGAUGAGAUUUACAUUGUUAGGCAACCUCAAAAAUGCCCACCAGCCAGCCCAUAGGAGGGCGCUAAAUUUUUUUUACUUGAAGAUGCAUUAAGCACAUCAAUGAUUUCAAGGAGUGUAGCGCUGAAAUUAUCAUAUCUGACACCACGUGCGGCAAUUGGAUUCAAAGGCAUACUGUAUGUUAUUGUGUAUUAGUUAACAAGAAUGAAUUGUAAACAAGUAUUUUAAAAUUAAAGAAUAAAACAAUAUCUUGAGUGGAUAUUGGAUACACAGGAUAUAAUCGUAACGUAGGACAUGUAUUGCGUUUU